GUAAAAUCACCCUCAAAUUCCUUUCAGAGUAUGUCAGUUGACAGAUCUCAAGUCUUCUCUUCUCCUCUCGGAGGAAAGCACGAACAGUUCGGAGAAAGACACGAACAGCAAUGGAAAGCCUUGAGUGCAUGGUUUCUUGGGCCAAGAGCUGAGAAUAAAGACGUCUUCAUGGACAUUUUCCAGGAGAUCUUUGAGGGACACAUUAGGCAAAGAUACAACAACAGUCCUUCUGAUCCAGCCUACAUCAACAAGGAGAUGAAGUCUUCGCCUGAAUACCGUAAAGAAAUUGAGGACAUGAAAGAAGAACUUAUGAAGAUGCAAACAGAUAUGGAGGGCAACAUCCCGUUCUUCUCCCCUCGCUAUCAAGGUCAAAUGAAUUGGGACAUGUCCAUGCCAGGUCUCUUAGGAUACAUAACAGCUAUGCUCUGUCACCAGAACAACAAGGAUUUCGCAACAAAGUACGACCACAAAAACAGACACAGGUACGAACGCUACUAUGAUCAAAACUACAGUCACCAAACUGUACGAUCCACGCCCAAGUACGAACAACUGGUUGGUGAGCAAUUGUGUGAUAUGUUGGGAUACAACGUGUUCCCAGAGAGGAAGGAGCCCUUUGCUUGGGGUCAUGUGACAAGUGGAGGAUCUGCUGCCAACAUUGAAGCAGUCUGGGCCUCAAGGAACAUGAAGUUUGUUCCGAUGGCUGUUAAAUCUGCUCUGCUAAAUGCCGACGCUAAAGAUGGACCUUUAUCGUUUCUCUCUCAAGCCCAAAUAGAUGAAGGAUUAAAAACCACCUUGCUUGUCUACAGAAAAGAGAGUGACAAAAGAGAAGCAACUGCUUUGAAAGACUGCUCCAAUUGGCAACUCUUGAAUGUGGACGUUGAUGAAAUUUGUGACUUAGUUAAGCGUGUGGAUGAAAACAUGAGCUUAUUUCACGGCUCCACUGAAGACAUAAAGUUCCACGAGCUUGUUGAACGAGAAGGAAUCAUGAGCUUAGGCUUCUUCGACUUCUUCGAGAAGCAUGGUCUUGAGAAAGCCCCAGUUUACACAGCCCCUGCACAUAACCACUACUCUUGGUCAAAAGCUGGAAAUUUACUUGGUCUUGGCUCUGAUGCCCUUAUCCCAAUACAAUUAGAUGUGAACUUCCGGCAAAGCGUCGACCAUCUAAGAGAAAAACUCGAAGGGUUCCUUAAAGCUGAAACACCAGUUUUAUCUGUCAUCGCCGUCAUGGGCUCUGCAGAAGAAUCUGCAGUAGAUCCCAUUAAGGAGAUCUACCAGUUAAGGGAGGAAUUCAAAGGGAAGGGACUCAACUUUGCUAUUCUAGCUGAUGGGGUCUGGGGAGGUUACUUCAAGACUAUGCUGAUGAAGGAAACAAAAUUCCAGGUCCAUAACAAGAAAUGGUCUAGUGAACGACAGAAUGAACGACAAAAUGAACGACAUAAUGAACGGUCCAAUAAGAGUCACAAGUUUGAUGGCUUUGUGCCACACUGUGAAAUGAGUGACUAUGUUCACGAUCAGUUCAGACAUAUUGAGUUCGCUGACUCAAUUACUGUUGAUCCUCACAAGUCUGGCUUUUGUCCAUACCCAGGCGGGGCUCUAUGCUACCGCAACGGGAAAAUGCGCUACCCCAUAGCUCAUUUCCAUCGUGAAGAUUUUCACGGUGAUCAUGAUGGCUAUCACCACGAUCACCGUGAUCACCAGGAUCACUAUGGCUAUCACCAUGAUCACCAAGAAUAUUACCAUGAUGAUCACCAUGGAAUUGAGGGUUCUAAGCCUGUUGCAGCAUCUGCUGGAAUAUGGAUGUCUCAUAAUGUCAUCGGAUUGAGCAACAGAGGUUACGGCAGAAUCCUUGGCCAAUGUACUGCUACAGCAAAACUUUUCUAUUCCAUGUGGUUGACAAUGGCUAGAGAAGAUGAUCCAUUUGUAUGUGUUCCUCUACAACAACUCCCCAAAGAAUAUAACAUGGAGAAUUCCAAGCAACUGAUUAAUGAUCACAUUGCGUACAAACCAAUGGAAGACAUCUACAAUGACCAAAAGGCGAAGCACUUCCUUAAAGACUGUGGACCCGAUACUACUAUCAAUACUUUUGUGGUAAACUUCAAGAACAACAAAGAUGUUAAAGAAACCAACAAGCUACAGUGGGCCCUUUCUGAUGCCAUGAACUUCAAGAACAACAAAGAUGCUGAAGACGUAAACAAGCAACAAAUUGCUCUUUCUGAUGGGACAAAGAUGUUUGUUGGGACUAACGCUCGUCGUAUACCAUUGAUGAUUACACACUCUGGUUUGGAUGCAAAGAAGCACGGAGAGGCACUAAAGGAUUUCAAAAAAAGGGUAGGUUUGGCUGAAGACGAUGAGGAUAUGAACGUGCUGAUCAACACCUGCAUGAAUCCAUGGCAAUGGAAUGAGUCAAUCUUUACAAUCAGGGAGCAGUUCCGUAUGAUUGUUCUUAACUGUAUGGGUCGUGUAAAAGAUAAUGCCGUCACCCACAAGUUCACUCUAUCUGGAUCGUAUAAUAGAAACGACAAGGACGAGUCCAUCUUCAUCGAAUACCUCACAGAUACUGAUAUUCCUGAACAUCAGUACCAAGGUCUCUGUUAAAGUUGAGGCUGAUUCUCCUGAGAAUAAAGAAAUGUUGAGGAAUUACAUGAAUUCUAACGGUUCUAAACACUCAGUCGUGUUCGAGACCGUCCUUGAAGCAGGUGACGCAAACAAAGAAGUUCGCAACCUUUACAAUAUCCUCCAUGGUGAUAGAAAGAUGACAGUCAAGCUCGUUAAUGAUGGCAAAGGAGGCAACAUUGUACUGAAAGUCCUUGACAUCCCCCGUUACCAACGCUUGGACCUGUCAGCCACAGUGACCUAUCCGGAAAAGCAGAAGUACUUUAUCUACGGUGAUUCUAACAGGACCAUAAUGUCACACGUGAUCUCCAAAUUCCCUGAUUUCCAACACGUGGUUACACUUUCUGGACGUCCUCACUCUCUGACGGACACCAUGCUGGAGCUAGGAGUGAUGGUGGAGGUAGGAAGAAAAGAUGGUUCUGCUAUGAAAGAUGGCGGUGAACCCCUUCUGAAAAGUCGAUACGAGAUAUCCUUCAAAGGGGAGCUCUACGCUACCAUUCACACUUCCAUUGAUAUCAAAGAAGCGGUGUUUACUGAUAAGAUCAUGUCUUCCCCCAAAGCUUGGCCAUGCAUCUGAAUGGGGACUAACCUGAACUUAUAGAGACUCAUUUAUUUAAUCGUUUGUAGACAAGAAUAACUAUUUAUUAUUUAAAAGGAAAAAUUUACUGAAUAGCUAUUUUUCGAAGCACUUAAUGUAAUUUAUUAAUCAGCAUGUUCCUUUUUUUUCGGAUUAUGUA